GAGGUCUGGAAGAAAGAAAGCACAGCAUGUUUGAAGCAAUGAAAGAAAUCCAGUUGGCCCAUGGAAAGGUCAAAGAAAUAGGCAGAGAGAGGCCAUUAGAUAUGACUUUUAUCUUAGUUCAGUAAAAGGCUUUUUUUCGGGGUAGGGGGAGGAUUUUAAUACAAGUCCUCUGACUGAGCUUACUGAAUACCAUAGUGGCCUACUCAAGGAUCCAUGAACGUUUUCUCUGACAAGUUACAAAGACAGUUGUCAAGAAAUAAUGGUCUGGCCUUAUAAAUGAUAUUGGAGUGCAAUGCUUUGGUGUAUCAAGCCAGCUUUUGUGGUUUCAAGGUGCUGGUCUACUUCCCAGAUGCCUACCUAACUAAACUUCUUUAAGCGUUCCAAAUGAGGACACAAGUUUCUCUAAAACAUCCUAUAUUCUGAAUGGUCAUUCCCUUUUGUGGUACUAGCUGGCUGACUAUUCCUGUCAACGAUCUUGAAUGCCUUUUUCUCUUCACUGAUCCCUACCUAAUGUCAAGUAAUCCUGGAACAUAUAAUCCUAGCUCUAAAAUUGGACCUAUUUAGUCAGGCAUGCCUAACCUCUUUCAAGGCCUCUAAUCAUCACUAAAGCUGGCAGCUCUCUCUAACAUGUGAUAUUUUAUCUCCCUCUAUAUUGGGUAGCUCUCUCAUGACCUGUAGUCAGCCAUGGUCCUCCUACUGCACCAGCCAUCAGGGUCAAGGGUCAAGUCAAUAGAUGAUUCCAUGGCAGUUAGCAGCCCUGACAGCAGGGCAGGCCACAUAUAGGAGUAGUGGGGGGUGGGAUUUAUCUUCUUUGGUCCACAGGCUUUAUCAGCUCUGCCCCUGCCAAUACCUCAGCAAUCACUAAAAGUUUAGAUUUUGCUCUUCCUCUUGUGAAGAAAUAAUCAAAUCAGAGAAGAGCCAUCUGAGAUAUUGGUGGUGGUCUCGGCUUGAAAUCCCCAUUCACAAUGGGGAACAUAUCACCCAGAGGUAUCCAGGCCACCAACAUGGUCUUCUCCUCCUGGGCCUUAGUCUUCUUGGCCAUAGGAAUCAUCAUGGAAGAAUGGGUUGAACUGACAUUGGAAACAAAGAAAAAUACAGUAAGCCACAGUCCCUGGAUAUGUUGCACUACUCUUUGGCCAGAAGAUGGCCUGGAAGUGGUCAGGACCAUGAUGGUUUUGGUUCUCAUCCUUUCCUUCAUCCAUAACUUGUUCCUGGGUUUGGAAUCCACCUACCUGAUUCCUCAAACUAAACAUACCCUCUUCAUCGCUGUCUUCCUCAGUUUCUUUACAGGUCUCCUUCUGCUCUGUGCACUCCUAAUGUAUCACCAAAAGCUAAGUCAAGGUAAAUCCGUGUACUACUCCAGUUACAAGAUCACCUGGAUCAUUUUCACUGCCUACUUAAAUGUCUCCCUCUUUGUGGCCUCUGGAGUCCUCUCUCUCCUACAGUACAAACAAUCCAUCAAGAGCUUUGCCUGCCUGACCAUCCUCCGUACAUCCAGCAGAGAAAUUAAGGACAGACAGGAGUCUGAGAGUUCUAUCAAAGUUAUUUCCUUACCAGAACAGCCCGCAAUGCUUCGUAGUAUUGUUCACACAAAGGAAGAUUUUCCAAACAGAGCACACAUCCAAACACGUCGUGUAACCUGGGCUGUAUGAUUUGACAAUGUAUCUUUCAGUGUGUGCUUGUCUUAAUAGAAACAACGUUGUGUGUAUGUAUGUGCAUUGUGUCUCUACAGCCGUGGUGUCUUUGUUUGGCAUUAUUUAAUGCAUGUGACUGGGUUAGGGUCUGUAAGAAGAUCCGGAAGGUGGUUUUUUCAUUUUUAUUUAUUUUUUUUCGAUCCUGACCUGCUGAACAGUUUCUUUUAUUUGUUCUCACCAUUUAAUAACAUUUGUUAUUCAUGUAAUAAAUAUUAUCAUUAACUAA